ACACUCGGCGGUGGCGGCUGGGCUUCGGUCUCCGUGCUGUCCCAUCGCUGCCCCUCCUGGCUGGCCAGUGCGGCGGCUCCUCGGUGUUCCCGGCCGGUGGCCCGCGGGCACGGAGAGGCGGCCCGCUGGGUGCAGGAUGGCGACAGCCGUCGGGAUGAACAUCCAGCUGCUGCUGGAGGCGGCCGAUUACCUGGAGCGGCGGGAGAGAGAAGCUGAACAUGGGUAUGCCUCCAUGUUGCCAUAUAGCAAGGACAGAGAUGCCUUCAAACGGAGGAACAAGCCCAAGAAGAACAGCACCAGUAGCAGAUCAACUCACAAUGAGAUGGAGAAGAACAGGCGUGCUCACCUUCGCCUGUGCCUAGAGAAGCUAAAGGGAUUGGUACCGCUGGGCCCUGAGUCAAGCCGACACACCACCCUGAGCUUGCUGACAAAAGCCAAAUUGCACAUAAAGAAACUUGAAGAUUGUGACAGAAAAGCUGUCCACCAAAUAGACCAGCUUCAGCGGGAGCAGCGGCACCUGAAGCGGCGGCUGGAGAAGCUGGGUGCUGAGAGGACUCGGAUGGACAGCGUGGGCUCCGUUGUGUCCUCGGAGCGCUCCGACUCUGAUAGGGAAGAGCUGGACGUGGACGUGGAUGUGGACGUGGACGUGGAUGUGGAGGGCACGGACUACCUCACUGGGGACCUGGGCUGGAGCAGCAGCGUGAGUGAUUCGGACGAGCGAGGCAGCAUGCAGAGCCUGGGCAGUGAUGAGGGCUACUCCAGUGCCACUGUCAAAAGAGCCAAGCUCCAGGACGGGCACAAGGCGGGCCUCGUCCUAUAGGAAAGGGCCCGCCCACCCGUCCUCUCCACCUCACCGGGUUAGGUAGUGUACCAGACCUGUCCAGACGCCCUUGCACGCAAACCUCAUGUACCACCUUGACCAAUAGCAGCUCUGUUCACUUUGCAGAAAGCACAUAGGGUUGAGGUCCUGAGUGCGGUCAGUAGCUCCUCUGUCCAUACAUGUCGACGCUGAGAGACUGCACAUUCCAGUCAAUUCAGAGCACCCAAGAAUCCUUAGCCCAAGCGAGUGUCACCUCUCAGCAGCCCCCCGUGCACUGUCCUCAACUGACGAGAUCUUUCCUAGUUUUCUGGCUCGCGAUGGUACUUGCCCAGGAGAGAAUUUAGAGCUUUGUCUGGCACAUAAGAAACCACAGCAAACAAACCUCUCAAAGGGAACUCCAUCUCAGACACCCGACGGAAGCUUUGAAAGCAAAGCCGAAGGGCACUGAGAAGCCAAGAGUACCUCCAGCGAGCCCUGCUGCGGCCCGGUCACAGUGCUGACAGUGUGCCCCCUGCGUGCUGUUCUGGGGGGGCGCUGUGUGCUCCGUGUCUCAAGGCACCCCCGUGCCCCGAGUUUGUUGAUGCUACUUGUCUCUGGAACAUUGUCCUACCUCAGAGAUAGAUGAGAUCUCCUUGUCCACGUGACGAAAGUAACUGCUUCUUUGUCCCCAUGGUCCCUCCCACCUGCGUCCUUGUCGGAUUCCCAGCAAUAACUGAGUUUUGGCACUGGCUGAGCUAGUAGCCACUAUCUGUGAGAGAAAGAGGCCACAUUUCUUCUCCGUGGCCAGUGAACAGGAGGUCCCCACGUCACCAGAACCCUCCUGCUAAGUUAUUUUUGAUCUGGAAGUUUCCUUCUGGAGACUUCCAGCUCUAUGGCUUAAAGGAUGAUUUUUUUUUCCCCCUUUGUGGCAUUUUUAUUUAAGGUAAACCAGAGCACAUGUGUAUGUACAUAAGGCACACAACACCUAUAAAUACUAUUUAUUCAUUUUAUAUAAACUAAUGUAAUGCAAUAUAAAUUCUUAUGACUGCUUUUAUAGAUGUUCUAGAAACUUUGUACGUAGCUGUCUACAGAGUCCACUCCCCUGAAUAUUUUUGCAUCCGUACUCUGAGGUCUGGAUGUUUUCAGCCCCUGGUGAGUCCUUCUCACUGACUCUGAACCAUCUGUAAAGUCUGCGCUCUGCGGCCGAACCUGUGUCACCAGGUAAUGGGACAGUCCUGAGAUCCACAGGUGUCACCUAAGGGCUCCACAGCUGACUCAGCAGCAGGCAGCUACACAGUCACACACCCCUCCUCAAGUCCACACACACCCUGGCAGAGAGAAUAGUCCCAGCCUCACAAGGUCACUGUGGACGGCAUGUGUUCCUUGAUGGUCCCAAAGACCUGUUUUGGCUUUUUUUUUUUUUUUUUUAACUUGUUGGAGUGUUUUCCAAAUACCAGCUGAAACUUAGCCCAGAAACACAGCUUGAGUACCGUUUGUGUUUGUAAAGCCCCUUUCAGAGCCUAACAGUGCAGGUGUCCAGGGAGCUGGCAGGCCUGGCUCUAGAUACAGCUGUGCCUGGAGGGCCCCUGGGUCCCCACCCGCUAGAGCUCGAGGGUAUCAUGUCUGUUCACUGCACCCAAAGCCAACGGAAAGUCAGGACCACGGGAGGACGCUGUGGGCUGCCCAGGGGAGGGAACAAGCCUCUGCACAUCUUUAUUCCACUUAGAAGGCGUCUGAGCGCCGCCGCCAUUCUCUGUGCUUUCAUCGUUGCGUCUUUGAGUUAAACUGCUUUUUAUUUUUAUUUUUAUUGUCUUUCGGUUGAAAUAUGAAGUGUACUGUCCCGACAUAAAACAGUGAUCAUUUGAUCUUCGCCCUGUUUGUCUGGUCCUUGCAUAGGUGUGUGGUAGAUCUCUGUAUUCUUAGAGCACUUGACAGGCUAACUGCCAAGGGCAGGCCUGACUCUAGAAGCUGGACUGAGUCACUGUGGUAGGCAGGCUUUUUUCUCUGACCAAAACUGUAGCUUUUGGGGACCUGCAGGUGUUGCCCAGGGCAGCUAAUUCCCACCCAGCCUCUCCUUCACUCGUCACCAGCACGUCUGCCAAGAGCUAGGCUCCAGGGUGGUUUUUGUUUGCUUAAGCAAAAGGAAAAACCUUUCUAUUAAAGUCGUGGGGGGUGAGGAAGACACAGGUAUGAACCCCAGCCAUUAAGACUUUGACAUUGCACAAGAACAGAAGUGUGUCAGUCAGUGAAGCACCUGGAUAUUUGUAUAUGAAAAUUCCUUCUGAAACUAAAAUCUCAGCUGUACCCUAACGACACUGUCACAAUACAAGUGGGAGCACAGGAGCUUGCUGUCAACUUCAUCCCAUGCCACAAGGAAAUUAUCUGCAUCAUCGGGAAAACAGAACUGGCUUUGGAUGUCUGCCCUGCACCCAACAAGUGGUGAUUCGGGUUUCUUUUGCUAACCAGGUAUCUUGAAAUCAGUAGCAAUGACCAGUGCCUCUGCCCUUGAAGAACUGGUGCUGGCUUGGUGAGACCAUUGGGGGUCUUGAACAGGACCUAGAUUUUCCCUCUGAACCCAAGGCUAGAAUGUCUCCAGCUGGGAUCCCUGAGUUGGGCAGGCCCAACCCUACAGUGACUCCUGGAAGAGUUUUAUUGUUUGUUUUUAAAGUAGCAUUUUCAUCUACCCCUGCUGUGUUUGACGAAAGCCUGGGUUUCCUGUGGCCCUUCUCCCCAUCUCUGAUGGGGCCAAGGGUAUUUGGGGUCUAAGAACACAGGAGAUGGCAUAUGAUACUCAAAACCUUCUAGCAAUAUCUUGGGGACUUGACGAUGAGUUUUGUGGACUUUCUCCCUCUUGCCUUCUUCCCUGCCCCUUCAAGAGAGAACUUAUUUUUUGAAGAGCAUAUAUAGACACAUUAAGGUUUUAUACCAUGCUGUAUUGGCAGGAAUACCACUUUUGUUGUGGUCUGUAAUUUAUCACCCACAUCCUGCUUUCUGUUUCUUUCCUGGCUACAGUGUUUUGUCUCCCUGCUUGACCAUCCCUGUGUGUGUCCUGCUAUUUUUCUGUCUCUUUGGUAUUUCAAUGGCUGCUACUCCUGACUUAGUGCUUUCUGGGAGAAGCCAGUGCAGCGCCUUUUGCUGUGUUCUGGCCUCUCUCAUGCUGUGUGCCCGGAGCACUGUAGUCUGCAGCAUGGUUUGUUUUCAGAGAUCCUGGGUUGAGGUGGUGUGAAAUGUGAUCCAUCAAUACUUCUAAUACUUUUCUUUAACUGUGGUCUUCUAAAAGACAUAGUUGAUUGGCACCAUUAGAUUCCACUCGUGGAUGGCCAAAGAAAUUGACUGUUUACCAUAUCUCACAAUCAAACGGUGAGAGUCGGGAAGGCGCUCUGUGCUGAGGUGCAUCUGGAUUUCUUCCUUUGAGUUCUUACUCUGUCUAGGAAGGCAGUGGAUUGAAGAGGGCAUUCUUCAUUUAGCUUUGGUCUAAAAACCAAGCUUGCCUCUACUGCUGUCCCUAGAAUUGGUGCUCUGGUACGUUGCUGUGAGUGGCUAGUUUGGGGAACCAUCUUUCUAAAGGUGGAUGGCCUCCGCAGGAGAGCCGCGGGUGAAGAACAGGAAGUGCAUUUCCAGAUGUUUCUUUCUGUAAAUAUGGUGCCAAUGUAAACCUCUGCUGAGACUGGAGAAUGGUGCUGGGGUGGGGGGUGGGGCUGCAGUUAGCACUUGUGUUUUUAGAAGCCAUCAUGAUUUAGAGACUCCUUGCUGUGUGUAAAGUUAUGUGUCCGUCCAUUAACAAAUAAAUUAUUUCAUUAUUAAA